AUGCUUUCUCCUUCGUCUCUCCGAUCUCGCCCUUGGUCCGGGAAAUCUGGAAACAAAGGUACGGUUCCUAAGCAAGGAUUCAUGGGGAAGGAGCAGGAGUGCCAUAGAAGCUGCAAUGCCACUGCCUGCAACAAAAGACUGAAGUUUCCAUGCCACUGCCAUGGGUUUAGCAGUACCACUUCAUCAUCUCAGCACCCUUAUGGCAGUGGGAGCUCCCACUGGCAACAGCUCCGUUUCAGACACCACAGCCUCAUCGUCGCCCACGUUCAAUUAAAAGCAGUAGGAUCUCAAGAGGAGCUUCAUGAUUUAAUGCUGCUCAAGGAGUACAAAGGCAAGCUAGCCAAAGUUGCAGGAAGCAACAGUCCUCCAAGGCAGUUCUACGUUUAUGCCCUCUAUGGCUUCGUCCGAGCUCAGCAUGACAUUGCUGGACUGCUUUCUUGCCCGGAUGUCAGAUUUGCCAAGUCACAGAUCAAGUGUUCCAAAGGUGGAAUGGCAAAUCAAAGAUACGUGAAGUAG